AUGCAGGAGCUGGGCUCUCGCUCCCAUUCGCCCAUGUCCUCAUCAGGAAAAGCUGCCAUUGCCUCCUCCUGCCUCUCCUUCGAGUGCUUCGACUCCCUGACCAAGGCAUGCAUCAAGUGCUCCGAGUUGUACAAGGACAACACAACAGAGCCCACCCUGGCACCCACCCUGACCAACACUUUCCUGAUCUUCGGGGUCCCACUGGCAGUGGGGUUCAUCCUGAUUCUGGCUGCCCUCUGUGGCUUCCUGGCCUGCAAGGUGGGAAAGUGGAGGAGGAAGAGGAAGGCAGCAGAUGAAGAGGACAAAGCAAACAUGGACACUGCCAGCCCUCUGCCCAGCCAAGACCCCGCCAUGCCAGAGAGAGAUGAUGCCCUGGACCCAGACCCGUGCCCGCAUCUUGAUGCAGGCCCCAGCCUGAAGAUGCUGGGGCCACCCAGGAAAGCUAGGGCAAAACAGAGGCCAUGCUGCCAGGGCAAUGCUGAUGGUGACAUCAUUCUGCUCUCCACUGUGUACCCCCGGCAUGAGGAAUGCAACCACAGCUUCCCGCUGCCUGCCACUGAGCUGGGGGCCACAGCCCUGGUCACCACCAAAACCACCCAGAACUGUGCCAGAGAGGAGCGAGUCUGAGGGAGGGGAAAUGGGGCUGGAGCGUUCUGGCUGCUCCCUGUGGACACCCACAGCCUGUUCCUGGCAUGAGCAAAGCCUUCUGUGGGCAUGAGCUU